AUGGCGGGGGUGCUGCGCUGCCAAUCUACCCCCUCCCCACACACACACAUCCGCCCACCACCACCGUAUUCACUCUUCCUGCUUGCCGCUGCCACCCUCAAAAAAAUGCCCUCAAAUGCUGACAAAUUUCAAACACACGAGAGAGAGAGAGAAAUUCAAAACCGCUCUGAGUGGUCCACCCUCUCUCUCUCCUCUCUCUCUCUCUCUCUCUCUCUCUCUCUCUCUCUCUCUCUCUCUCUCUCUCUCUCUCUCUCUCUCUCUCUCUCUCUCUCUCUCUCUCUGGGCCUGAAUGGCAGUGCAGUUGCCCGUUUGGAUCAGCAAGAGGUGUCUGGAUCCCGCGCUCGCUCACCCUCGGUUCAAGGCUU